AUGACCAACCUUUAUAACAUACAUAAUGAAUCUCCACAAAGCGUUCUGUUGUCACCCUACAGUUAUAACAUACAUAAUGAAUCUACACAAAGUGUUCUGUUGUCGCCCUACAAUUAUAACAUACAUAAUGAAUCUCCACAAAGUGUUCUGUUGUCACCCUACAGUUAUAACAUACAUAAUGAAUCUCCACAAAGUGUUCUGUUGUCACCCUACAGUUAUAACAUACAUAAUGAAUCUCCACAAAGUGUUCUGUUGUCACCCUACAGUUAUAACAUACAUAAUGAAUCUCCACAAAGUGUUCUGUUGUCACCCUACAGUUAUAACAUACAUAAUGAAUCUCCACAAAGUGUUCUGUUGUCACCCUACAGUUAUAACAUACAUAAUGAAUCUCCACAAAGUGUUCUGUUGUCAGCCUACAAUUAUAACAUACAUAAUGAAUCUCCACAAAGUGUUCUGUUGUCAGCCUACAAUUAUAACAUACAUAAUGAAUCUCCACAAAGUGUUCUGUUGUCAGCCUACAAUUAUAACAUACAUAAUGAAUCUCCACAAAGUGUUCUGUUGUCACCCUACAAUUAUAACAUACACAAUGAAUCUCCACAAAGUGUUCUGUUGUCACCCUACAAUUAUAACAUGCAUAAUGAUUCUCCACAAAGUGUUCUGUUGUCACCCUACAGUUAUAACAUGCAUAAUGAAUCUCCACAAAGUGUUCUGUUGUCAUUAUACAGUUAUAACAUACAUAAUGAAUCUCCACAAAGUGUUCUGUUGUCAGCCUACAGUUAUAACAUACAAAAUGAAUCUCCACAAAGUGUUCUGUUGUCACCCUACAGUUAUAACAUACAUAAUGAAUCUCCACAAAGUGUUCUGUUGUCAGCCUACAAUUAUAACAUACAUAAUGAAUCUCCACAAAGUGUUCUGUUGUCACCCUACACUUAUAACAUACAUAAUGAAUCUCCACAAAGUGUUCUGUUGUCACCCUACAAUUAUAACAUACAUAAUGAAUCUCCACAAAGUGUUCUGUUGUCACCCUACAGUUAUAACAUAUCUAAUGAAUCUCCACAAAGUGUUCUGUUGUCAUCCUACAGUUAUAACAUACAUUGA